AUGCGUUGCCUAGCUAUCAAAACCUCGAUAAAUUUUUCUCAGAAAGGUCAAGUUUUAAACUGGCAGAAACAUUGUAGAUCAGAUGCUCAACGAGAGCUUGAGUCCGCUGCUAAGAACAAUCGUGAUUUGAAUUCAUCUCUCUCUAAACCACCUAUUCAAGUAUACAAUUUUCAAGACUUAGUAGCACUAGAACUCGAUGGAUGCGUGCCAGGUGCCUUUUACGCUGCAAAAUAUACAAGAAAACACGGUUGUCAUCAAAUGCUAGAUCGUAAUUAUAGAGCAAAAGAAGCACUUUGUCGUAACAAUACAAUAACAGGUGACCGGUACACAUUAAUUACGCCACCGUCCUAUCAACUAACUCAGUCUGUGAGAAGUCGUUGUCCUGUUCUACAAUGUCCGUGUAAGAUAUGA